AUGCCUAGCGCCACGGGUCAGAACUGGGAGAAGUACCAGAAGAACUACGCAGACGAUGAUGAACCAGAGAAGAAGAUCACACCCCUUACAGACGCUGACAUCGCAGUACUCAAGACUUACGGCGCCGCACCUUACGCGAAUGCGCUGAAGAAGCUCGAGAAGGAUAUCAAGGACAAACAGAACAGCGUGAAUGAAAAGAUCGGUGUUAAGGAAUCCGACACCGGUCUUGCGCCUCCACACCUUUGGGAUGUUGCCGCCGAUCGACAACGCAUGGCGGAGGAACAGCCACUACAGGUCGCGAGGUGCACAAAGAUUAUCCAGGAUGAGAAGGACUCGGACAAGAGCAAAUAUGUGAUCAACGUCAAGCAAAUUGCCAAGUUCGUUGUCAACCUAGGAGAGCGUGUUAGUCCGACAGAUAUCGAGGAAGGCAUGAGAGUUGGCGUCGACCGUAAUAAGUACCAGAUCAUGCUGCCCUUGCCGCCAAAGAUCGACCCUAGCGUGACAAUGAUGACUGUCGAGGAUAAGCCCGAUGUGACCUACGGCGAUGUUGGCGGAUGCAAAGAACAGAUCGAGAAGCUACGAGAAGUCGUUGAAAUGCCCUUGCUAUCGCCAGAACGUUUCGUGAACCUCGGUAUCGACCCACCCAAGGGUGCCCUGCUCUAUGGACCCCCGGGAACGGGAAAGACCCUUUGCGCCCGUGCAGUCGCCAACCGAACGGAUGCUACCUUCAUUCGUGUCAUUGGUAGUGAACUGGUGCAGAAGUACGUUGGUGAGGGUGCUCGGAUGGUCCGUGAACUUUUCGAGAUGGCUCGUACCAAGAAGGCAUGCAUCAUUUUCUUCGAUGAAAUUGAUGCUGUUGGUGGUGCACGUUUCGACGAUGGCGCUGGUGGUGACAACGAAGUUCAGCGAACCAUGCUGGAACUGAUCACACAGCUGGAUGGAUUCGACUCUCGUGGUAACAUCAAGGUCAUGUUCGCUACCAACCGUCCUUCCACACUUGACCCAGCCCUGAUGCGUCCUGGUCGUAUUGAUCGUAAGAUCGAAUUCUCGCUGCCGGAUGUGGAGGGCCGUGCCAACAUUCUCCGAAUCCAUGCCAAGAGCAUGUCCGUCGAGCGAGACAUCCGUUGGGAGUUGAUCUCACGAUUGUGUCCCAAUGCUACAGGUGCCGAACUUCGCAGUGUUGCGACUGAGGCAGGUAUGUUUGCUAUUCGGGCUCGUCGCAAGGUGGCUACCGAGAAGGACUUCUUGGCCUCUGUUGAGAAGGUGAUUAAGGGCAACCUCAAGUUCAACUCGACGGCGACAUAUAUGCAGUACAACUAG